AUGUCACACGAAAAGCAGCUUGAAGCCUUAGCAAGAAACGCCGUUCGACCCGACCAUGCAGAACCCGAAGACGAAAGCGCCGCCAAGCAGAACCGACUGCUCGAUCGCUUCACAUGGGCCAACUUCACCUGCACUCAGUCUACCGGCGGCGUGGCCAUUCUCCUAGCCGAAACUCCCCAUCGAUUUCGCGGGCUGCAGACUGCCGGUGUCAUAGUCUUCAUCCUCAACCUAGUUCUGUUCGUCCUCUUCAGCACAGCCAUGAUCUGUCGGUUCGUACAGAGACCAUCCAGCUUCCGCAAAUCCGUGACGAAACCCCCCGAAGCCUACUUCACAGGCUCCCUAUGGCUAUCGAUGGCGACUAUCAUCAUAUGCAUGCAGCGUUUCGGUGCUCCUCACGCCGGUCCUUGGAUCAUCGUCGCCGUUCGGGUUCUUUUCUGGGCCUAUGCUGCUAUCACCCUGACAUAUAACAUUGUCAUAUUCGUCGUCAUGUUUGACCUUUCCCCCCUCAAGCCUGGUACCAUGAGCCCACCGAUGUUUCUGAUGAUUUAUAACGCCAUGCUGACGGGCACCGUCGCGUCAGCUAUUGCAGCAGAUCAGCCUCUCUCACAGCGAAUGACUAUCAUCGUUGCCGGCAUUGCUUUUGAGGGUCUUGGGUGGAUCUUGUGCCUUCUCUUUCUUCCGCACUUCGUAGGCAAUUUGCUUAUCAACGGUCUCGGCCCAGCAAACCUGAGACCCGGACUCUUCAUGACUGUGGGCUCAUCAGGUUACACCAUUGUGGCUCUCAUGGGGUGCGCCAAGGCGAUCCCUAACGACUACGGAUACUUUGCGAAGCACCCUACUGCUGCAGAAACUCUAAACAUCAUGGCAUUGUGGAUAGGCAUAUUCCUUUGGCUCUUCACAUUCUGGCUUUUCGCGAUUGCACUAGUCGCUCAUUUGCCCAUUUUGAUUUCCAAAUGGCGCAAUGAUGUGUCGCGGCCACAGAUGAGUUUCACACUUCCUUGGUGGGCUUUUGUCUUCCCGAAUGUUGGCUUCACAAUUGCCACGAUUUACAUUGGCGAGGAGCUGGAAUCCAACGCCAUAGCUUGGGUCGCAACAGUCAUGACUGUUUUAGUCUUUGCGGCAUGGCUCAUGGACUUAUCCCUGCAUCUAAAGUCUAUUUUUCAAAGGCGCAUCAUGUAA